AUGAAUUUUCCAUUCUUGUUCUGCCUGCUUGGUCAGGUAGUCUGCUUUGUAGAUGGGACCUCUAGUUUCGGCGGAUUGGAUUCAAAUGUUCCAAGCUCGUCAGAAGCUGCGUCGACAUCCAGACUCAACUCGACGUCGAGCAUUGCGAGCACCCUUCUUGUCGGCUCAGCAGUAGCUUCAGGCCCGGUACUAUCUGUGUCGCCUUUCCUUGAUCCCAGCAUUGUGGUUUCAACGGCGGCCCCAUCGUUCGUUUUCAGAAGUUUGGUAUCCACGAUUCCUGACCCUAUACCUUUUUCUACCAUUACUGCUUCGGAACCUGUCGACAGCUUUACGCCCUCCACAGAGACUAAUGCUCCGCCAUCGCCUCCACCUAUGACUUCAACAAUCAUCAAACCAUUGGUAUCAAGUUCCGGGCUUGCUGGCUCUUCCGAUGUUCCACCUUCAACAGUUCCAUCGCUGUCUCUACUGCCGCCUCUGAGUAUAAUCACCAGUGCGGCCAACCCUUCAUCUUUUCCCAGUAUUCCCAGUUCCGUACUUGCCGACCCCUCAGCAAUUCCGUCACCGUCUCUACUCCCACCUCCAAUAGCAAGCAGCGCUUCUAGUCCAUCCGUUAUCCCCAUUUUUCCAAGUUUCGUGGCAGCUGCAUCUUCAUCGACAUCCCCACUUCAGGAAGCUCCAUCUACCUCAGUCGGUCCGGCCGUUGUUCAAAGUUCGGUUAUCCUUGGCCCUUCGGCAGGCUCGGAGCUGCCUUCGUCAAUAUCAGCUGUCUCUACCUCUAUCGUAGAUGCUGUAGUGCCGAGCUCUCUGCUCCCUCCUUUAUCACGUCUAGCACCAUCGUCAUCACGGCCGCAGUCAGAUGUAACCGCUUCAAGCAGUGCGUCUCCUGUAGGAGCACAACCAUCUUCUGUUCUACUCCAGUCAGUGAUGCCCGCUCCAAGCAGUGCCUUGUCUGCAAUAGCAAGCUCCAGCUCUGAGCUUCCUGCAGCAUCAACCUCUGUUAAAGUCAUUCCUGCGGCUUCCAGCAUUUCAACAGAGCCAGAGCCAUCUCCCACAGUCUCGUUGAUUGUGGUUCAAAGCGGCAGUUCUCCACUGGUAUCUGACCCGGGUCUCCCCGGCUCCUCAGUAGCUACAGCGGCGCCGUCAUCCGGGCUUCCAUCCGUCUCUGCUCAAAGCAGUAAUUCAAUUGCGGCUGUCUCAAGCUCCUUGCCGGAGCCGGCACCACCAUCGACUCUGCGAUCAUCUCCCAUUACAAGUAGCGUUUCUAUUGCCGGGUUCUCCAGCUCUCUGGUAGAGUCAUCACCAUCCUCCGCACUUCCGUCUGUUGCCGUUCAAAGCAGCAUUCCAAUUACCGAGGCCACCAGCUCUGCAACAGAAGCAGCACCGUCAUCUACAAUUCCGUUUGCUCCUCUUUCAAGUAGAUUUUCUCUCCGCACAAAGAAUUCCGGUCUUCCUAGCACAACAGAGGCAGGCACCUCUUCGUCCGCCAUAAUCUCGUCAGUUCCCGUUACAAGUAGCACUUCGCUCUCGACAUCAAUUUUCGGUCUCCCAAGCUCUUCAGCAACUUUGGCGGCAUCGUCAUCUCUUGCUUUUGUCUCAAGUCAAAGCAGUGCUUUGACCGCAUCAAGUACUCUCGCCGGCAAUUCCUCGAGUAUUCUUAUCAGCAGCUCAACGAUCUCUAGCUCGUUCCCCUCUGGAACAAACUCUCUAUCCACCAAUUCCUCGAGUACUCUUAUCAGCAGCUUGGCACAAUCCAGUUCAUUUCCCUCGGUAUCGAGCUUUCCCAUCACCAAUUCCUCUCUCGCCUCAUCGACGUCUUCUUGCCAGUCGUCGACCUGCCCACUCACAUGCCCAACUAAUGUUCCAUCCCUGGUCUACACAACAGUGACGGCGACUGAACUCCAAUCAGCUGCUUACACCCUUCCCGUCUCUACAGCCUUCCUCACAUCGAAUCUUACAGUCACCCCCACUCUCCCAGGUUCGCAUAUCACCAUCACAACAACGCUCGUCCCAACCACCCUCUUCUCCGCCUCCACUUGUGUAGCUACAAAAACAAAACUCAGGAUCAUUGAAACGACAAGGACACACACCUCGAUCUACUGCAGAUUCUCCACCACCAAGACGAUUACUAAAAUCGAGGUGGAGAAGUUCCGCAAGACGGUGACGGUGACGGAGACCACGACUGUUUCGAGCCUCAAUGGGAUAGGUGGGGCUGCAAAUGAAGGGAAAGUCGCGGGAGGGGUGAAGGGGGUGAAGAAAUAACAUUAAGAGGGGAUUAAAGGUAGAGAGCGCGAGAGAGUCGUGGAAGUGGGUCGUUGCUAUGACAAAAGUAUCAAUAUAAGGAAAGACAAGUGUAAGUGCAUUGAAAACAUUACUGUUUUUGCUUUGUCAGAAAACAUUUUUAAAGAUCCAAUUGCCCGUAUCUGACUUCUUGCGUCGACACCACACAAAUGCUG